AUGAUGAUGGGUGGACGUGCUCGGGCGCAGUCCGUGACUGCGUCAGGAAACUCGAAAGCUCAGCUCAUUGCAGCCUAUAAUGAACUCGGAAAGGAACUAGGGGACAGGAGAAUGCGUGUCGUAGGAAAUUACACUAUUGGCCGUGCCAUCGGCGAGGGUUCAUAUGGCAAAGUUCGUCUCGGCACACACCGACUCACGGGAACAAAAGUCGCGCUCAAGCAGAUUCCCAAAGACUGCUCGGCACAACUCACCCGGGAGAUUCAUCACCACCGCCAGCUCCAUCACCCGCACAUUGUCCAGCUGUACGAAGUCAUAGCAACAGAGUCCUCGAUCUGGCUCGUCACUGAACUCUGCAAUGGCGGUGAACUCUUUGAUUAUCUCGUCGAAAAGGGCCGCUUUGAUGAGUAUGAAACGCGGAUCCUCUUCGGCCAGCUUUGUCUUGCCAUUGCCUAUUGCCAUGAACAGGGCGUCGUUCACCGCGACAUCAAGCUGGAAAAUGUCUUGCUAGACGAACACUGCCAAGUCAAAUUGAGCGACUUUGGCUUUACCAGAGAGUUUGAACGCGGCUCUUUGUUGGAAACCUUUUGCGGCACGACCGGAUACGCCAGCCCAGAAAUGCUUCAAGGCCAAAAGUAUCUUGGACCAGAGGUCGACGUCUGGUCCUUGGGCAUCAUCCUUUAUUCUCUUCUCGUAGGGACCUUGCCGUUUGACGAUGAUGACGAGGAAGAAACUAAGAGAAAGGUACUAGCAGGAGACUUUGAUAUGCCGGAAUGGAUCUCGCCUGAGGUUGGAGAUCUCCUUAAAGGAGUACUAGAGUUAGAUCCAGCAAAGAGGUUUACCAUGCAGCAAGUUUUGGCCAGCCCCUGGUUCAGCAAGCACAUUUAUCCUUCUUCUCCACCUCCAACGGAAGCAAUUCUCCCUUCCACGGGCAUGGACGGCGAGUCAAAGCCCAGUCGCCCGGCCUCUGUAUCCUUGGACGGCGUGCUUGCCAGUUCCAUCGUUCCAGAUCAACGCCCCUCAACGCCCCCCAAUCAACCAGCACUCCAGGGUACAAGUGUAGACCAAACCCCACGUCCUCGACUCUCAGAGAGUGGACCAGAGGCGAGCCCCUCUCGCCCUCACGCAGAACGUAAGAAUUCGACCCAGUCCAUCGCUCCUCCGUUGCCUACACGGACACCUGUGCGAACCAAACGCCGAUCCGUUUCUUCCACCGUCUCACCUCCUGCGACCCCCAAAGUGCGGCCCCUCUCCGCUGCACUCACAGCCACAGAGCCUGUCGAUUUCUUUGGUGCAAUGAAGAAGCAGACUGCCGUCGUCUUUUCCAGUCCGCAAGAGCGGCUCAUGCUUAGCUCGCUUGCGGCAUUGGGAUUCGAUACCGGGCAGAUCGUGCACAGUGUUCUUACCAAUGCCUGUGACAGUGCUGGCGCACUAUGGUGGAUCAUGCGGAAAAAACUGGGGAAUAACUACAUGUUGCCUGAGGAGCACACUGGUCAAGUCGUGCCAGAUCCUUCCUCGGACGGUGGCCUACAGAUUAUAGCCGAAGCGAGUGGCAGCGCAUUAGAGCUCGACGAAACUGGACAAGGUGCCUCUGUCAAUGGCAUUCGUCCCAUGGUACUUCUAGAGGAAGUGGAUGCCUCGAAGAAGAAGAAGCAACGUCCUCAUGCCGACAGCGUUCAGGAGUCUAGUGAUGCAGUGAUUCCCACCAAGGAUAAGGAGAAGCUUCCCUCGUCUGCGCCUCCAGACUUUGCCAUCGUUCCAGCUACGCCUAUUACGGCAGAAGAACUAUCCAAGGCCAGCCCGUUGCCGACAAGUCUAUCUACAUUGUCACCGAUUCGCUCAUUGCCCUCUCCGACCACCGGCAUUGACAGCCACAACUCUUCGCCAUCAGGUUCAAAGAUCAAUGCGAAUAGACAAGGACGCACCAGCAGUAUUUCUAUGCUCCAACGAGCUACCACAGUACUUGGUGGUGCCGCAGGGCUCGUCCGGAAGAAGAGCGAAGAGAAUGGGUUGAGAGACUCUGGAGGCUCUAGAGAAAAGGAGAGAAGCUCGGACGAACCACGAAGUUCGAAUGGAAGUGGUAGAUUGACUAAGAGCCCGCCACCCGGCAAGGUAUCCAGAGAAGCCAAGGAUCGCGAACGGGAGAAUAGUGCCGAAAUAUCUAGCGUUCAGAAGACAUCUGGGAAUCCCUCGACUCCUGCGACAUUCCCUGGGCAUAUCAAGUCUUCAAGCACGGUAGCCAAGUCGAAUGUACAGCAACCUGCGAUGCGGCGUUCGGCUACAGAAGGAAGCAGUCUCACCAGCCCCUCUCUCAAUCGUGAACUCGCAAAGCCGAGGAACAGGACAUCCAUUCUCAAUACAUUCCGUACUUGGCUCGGCAACGACAGCAAACGUGAACGCAAGGGGGGCUUCACGUUUGGAACGCCAUCCAAUACGCCGACAGGAAAACACUCGUCCCCUCCAUCUGCCUAUUCCAAAGGGUACUUUAAUCAAGCACCCUUUGGAUAUCCAGAAAGGGCUCCGACGCCAAGGAAGCGGACAUCUACUGGCAAAGGAACUGCCUCACGGCGAGGAGGACGUGGACACAAGGACAAGAGACCUUCGAUAUCGAGUCGCCGGAGUAGCAGUGUUCCGUCGAGAAGAUCCAGCGUGGGCAGCCUGGCCUCGUUGGCCAAGCAGAAAGGCGUGCUGGGUAGCGUGGACGAAUACUCUGUAUACAAUGGAGAGCCCCUCUCAAGAAGAAUGUCAAGUAACUCGCGAAGGAGUAUCGGAGCAAAGACACCAAUUGACGAGGAUCCUUUCGGUCCAUCUCGUCCAGGCUCCGCUAGAAGCAACUCGAUGAACACUAGUUUGGCAAAGCGGGGAAAGCGGCAUUCAAAGAGCUCGUCUACUAGUUCUGGUGGCUCAUUGGGUCGACGUGGAAACAACCGUCCUCCCAGCCGAUCUGGAACGACCAGUCCCACAGGAAACCGUGCGCACCGUCGAGCCGGCUCUGGUGGAUCACAAACCCGUGUCGUCAAGCAGCAUGUAAAGCCAUCGUCGUCGAUCGCAAAGUCCCUUGCUGCUGGAGCGACGGAGCAUGCCACUAUCAGCACGGGCACGAGACGAAUGCGCAGCGGGUCUCAAUCUAGCGCACACUCUGAAGAGAUGUCGGCAGUCGACGACGACGCUGAGUUUGGCGGUAGGCGCACGACGUCGCCUUUGGGACGACCGAUGCGCGCGGUCAUGGUCGCACAGAAGAAGAGCGCAUAUGGAACACCCAAUGGAAGCUUGGGCCUCUCUGCCAGCCGUUCUAGUUGGAAGAAAUCAUGGGGGCCCGAACCCCCUGGAUGGGCGCACCGUGCAGCUCAUCCUGGCGUCGUCAUUGAGGUUUUGGAUUCCCGCAGCGCAAAGACGGGCGUCCGGGACGUCUUUGCCGGCGGUGGGAAGAGUGGUGUACCACCUGGUACGACAUCCCCCGGAGACGAUGAAGACGACUGGAGCGACGUGGACGAGGUGGUUUAUGUCGGUGGUCUUGGUCAACUAGGAUCAGGCCACAAUUUGGUUCCCAAUGCCGACGAUUCCGUCAUGCCACCAGACUCUCCGAUGAUGGUAUUUACAAACUCGAGAGCCGGCAGACGCACAAAGAGGACUCCGGGGAACGUGAUGAACCCCGGGCAGUAUAACAAGGCUAGUGGCUCCCCCGCUCCUGUCCAAACAGCCGCGCCUGCAAGCCCUCCGAACCAAGCCUCGACGUCGUCGAUGAACGAAAGCAUGAACCUGGAUAGAAGCACAAGCAGACGUCAGCUACCUGGUAACCGGACAUUCAGAGGGCCCGCGAUUGUCGAAGAGGAGGAAGAGGAGGAGGAAUGA